AUGCUCAAAGAAGUGAUGGUCUUGUCUGUAGGUGACUCUACCUACUCUCUAUCCACCUUGUCCUCAGAUCCUCACACCAAACCGGAUACCCUGCUCUCCAAUGAUGGCCCUGUCACUGAACGCACUUGUAUCGUCCGUACCUUCGGAAAUGUGGGCAAGUACGGCAUCUCUCUAUUGAUUCCGCCACCCGAACUCAAGAUGCGCAAACCAAAGAGCGGCGAAUGGAAUGUUAUCAAUCAUGAUAUUUGGGAUGGCGCAUCUGCUGACUCAUUCGGGGAGACGUCACUCCAUUUGUUCCUCACCGAAUACCGAGUUGCUUAUACUUCUAGCCAUCGUGGGAAUCGAGAUAUACAGGCUUUUUUCCAGGAAGCUGCAAUAUCGAUCUACGAUGGGAAAACCUGGGUAGGUGAUGUUGAUGUUGUCAGGGCUAUGAAGCAUGACUCAGCCAUGUUGCUUAGAAUUUCGAAGCGUAAGGAGCAGUUGAAAAGAGAGGCGUUGGCUAACGAGAUUGCUUGUGUUGAUAACUGGUACGAGCUGCUGGAUAAACCAGAUCGUCCAGUCCUGGUACGCAGCCGAGGAAAAUGGCUUGGCCGUCUCGCGGCGGCAUCGAUAAGCCUCCAGCUUGGCCAUAGGGUUGUGUUGUUGCCUAAUGACGGGUGUCCGAAAGGUUGUUUUACCGAUGUCAAAUUUAUGAGGGAUUACUUGGUGCGGACGGGGGAUGUCAUUAUAGAUGUCAUCAAUUGA